AUGGUUCCUCCAAGAAAAGUGGCAGAUAAAGUUUCCAAGCGUGCCUCACAUCAGCCAUAUCCUGCCUCUCGGAUACGACAUGUAUCUCCUCAAACACAAUUCCUCAUACAGCAAAUUGUUUCUAGUCUCAGUAAUUUCCGACAGGGGGUACAACCACUUAAUGGAAAUGACCAAAUCAAAACAGAUCCAACUGCCAUACGAGUACUACUCUGUGGUGAUGCAGGAGAUUUGCGACGUAUCGUAGACGCAGUUUCAACAGCUGUUAAUGAUGAUGCCUUCAUCCUUUCCCGAAUUAUUGUUGCCACCGAAGAUAUUGUUCCCUUCGUUCAUGAACUGCCGGAGGUUUCUAAACCCCAAAUCGUAGAGUGGAACGAGGCUGAUUAUGAAGAAUAUCUCAUCGAACGCGUGAAACGCAGAGCAGGCGAUUUCGUCAUUGGAUUAGCAAUUGACCUUUCCCCAACCAUUCGCAGGGUGCGAAGAAUACGGCAGUUAUUGGAGAAAGAUGGAACAUUAAUAAUUCCAAAUGAGGGCAAAGGCUGGAGGACGGCAUAUCCCGAACUCCUUGGUAGUUUUGUGGUUGACGGAGGUCGUUUCUUAACUAUGAUAGAUUGUGUUCCUGGGGUUGCCGAUUCAAUUCGUGACUCCGAACUUUAUCUUCCCCUUGAACGACGCGUUUGUCCCCGACCUGGAAUUAUUGAUCUUCGAGAAGCUAUUCAUCAUUCCGGCCCAAAGGGGAUGUAA